AUUAUUGCCGUUCUAGUUUCUGUCCACGUAUCCAUCACUGAAAGACCUCCCAAAAGCAACAAUCCUCGAUUCUACACAAAACAAUCGUUGAAUUCGCUUAAAAAUGUGAACAGCACCAUGGUCGAAGAGCGAAAGAUUAAUUACAAGUGGCUGAUUGCGGCAUUUGGGGUUUUGACUUUUGUCUUCCUACUGAGCGAAUACACAAUUUACAAACUGGAUGAAAUGCUUGAGGGGUAUGAUUCUGAAGAGCCCGUAGUAGAGAUAAAUGUUUAUCUGAGUGAAAAUUUGACGAUGGAAUUACCUGAAGAAGUUCAGGCAACAAAUGAAGCUGAGAAAGGAGUUAACUCCAGCAUCAUUAAAGCUCUCCUUGAUCCUUUAAUGAGGGGCAAAAGACAGUCCGCGAUGUUGCCUGUAAUUCCAGGAUAUGUUUGCACGGCUGAAUUAUUCAUGAAUGUGGACCCCUGCUGUCCCACACCGGUGUUUUUAAAAGAGUCAGAGCUGCAAAGCUGCAUCCGACGCAGAUUUGCGCGAUCAAUGCCAGUCGAAGAAAACUCAAAAUCAAAUGCAACAAACUCAAGCGAAUCUGAAACGGAUUAUAAUUACUUUGAUUAUCACGUGGAAGACAGCAAUGCAACUAAGGGAAGGCCCGCACCGCAGAGUGCCCAAUCUGUUUACUACAGGUGGCUACCAAUCCGGGUCUAUCAGUUCACACCAAGGAAAAACAACGCAAGAUCGCAGCAGAGGCAAAGCCAGCCAGCCACCAUCGGGCGGAAAACACCGACCAGACAAAUAUGCAUGGUGGAUUGCAUGUUCCGGACUUUGAAAUGGAUUUCCCCGGAGAACGUGCUCAACAUGGAUUUAAUGUUCACCGCAAUGACUGCGAUGGUGCCUACCUCCUGGGCUUCAUUAUUGUCGACCGCGAAAACGGAUUGCGCCAACGUCACCGCAGGAGGUGGCAUGAUUGAAAACGUCUUGGAUGCGAACAGGAAAGUCUGCCUCGUGGCACCGAUCAAACUGAUGAGGUGCAUCAAAAGGUCGCUUAUAAUGGCCUGCCCUUCAAUGCUGGACUCGGGGCCUCAGUGCACAAUGAAUACGAACGUGCUCAGACAGUGCGACGUGUUGGCCCUCUGAAUACACCAUAUCUGCAUGCUUGCGGCUGUUGAAGGAAACUGAACAAAUUAUGUACCAAAAAUUUUAUGUAAAUCUAGAUUUUAAGAGGCAAGUCUAUAUCUCGAACAAACAAAAAAUUUUCAGUUUCAAAAAUUCAAGCCACAACUUUUCAUGGUUAAACUUUAAUAAAAUUUUCAUAUUGUGUUAUUUCAGCAUCUAAGUAAAAAGUAGUAUAGGUCAAUAAAAUUUAGACUGUUGACUAUUUUACCCUGAGCUUCCAAUCGUUAUGGACCAUCAACUGCACACAAAUCAUAAAAUUGAAAGCCAUCAGAACCAUACUUAACAUCGUCUAAAAUUGUCAGAGCCUUUAAAUUCUUUUAAAAAAAUAGAAAAUUAUUAUCAUACUUAUCGGGUCCUAUUCUAGACUUGCCUUCCUUUAAUGAGGCCCGUGCGCCCUUCUUAUUCGUUCGCGAUUAUUGGGACACGGAGUUUUCGAGAAUUGUUCUGGGUUGCUUAUCUCAUAAGAGGUAAACCAAUAAAAUUAACUUGGUCUUUGCAAGAAAUUAGUUGCCUCCAGUUUAUAGGCAGCUUUUUAAUUGGAAAUUGGAGCAACUAAAUUUUUUGAUUGUGUUAACAGGCGAGAGCAGUAUUUAUUAAAAGGUUUUAGCCGUUUGCGCUGUAAUUAUUAAAUCUGUCUUUUUAGCUAUUUUAAACCUACAUUAAAAUAUCCAUAACUAAUAAAACGCUAAACUAUUGUAGAUUUUUUAUUUAUUAAACUCUUUUAAAUUUGUAUGUAUCAAAAUCGCUUCAAUUUUAUGUCAUUCAAAUAAUCAUUUAAAAUUAAUAAAUUAAAAAUCACCAAAAUUAUCCAUGUGAGAAAUAAAAUUGAAAUUUAAAAAUAAAAUUGCAUAUUUAAGUGGGCAUAGGCAUUUGAUAAUAACCCAAUUUUUAAA